UCCUCCUCUGCCCGGAAGUGACGCUAUGACAGCAAUAACGUGCGGCGCUUUUUGAAAUAGCUGUUAACUCCACAGGAUUUAUGAUGUCUUACUCAAAAUAACGAACUUGUAAAUGGUGUUUUCAAACUGGAACAGACAUACAGCUAUAUUUAUAUAACAUUUGCCUAAAGAAGCUAACUGAGGUAAGCUAUUCAUUUGAAUUCCUUAUUAACUUCACUUGUUCUUAUGCUAGCAGCUAACUAGCAUGUCUUUGUAUUGAAGAUUACAACAGGUUAGCGUACUCGUUAGCAAACAGAAAGCCACUGAGGUUAUUCUUCAACGUUUUAUUUUUCUUUUGAAACACAUCUCAUUCUAACGCAGUCUGAGUUCUGCUGGCUUUUAAUAUCUUAAAUAAAAUUGGGGCCAACUUUGCACAUGCGUACAAGCUUCAAUGUUUACAUUUGUGGGGACGCUUUAUCUAGCUUUCGCCUCGUUUGAACCAUUUUGUUCCCUUUAUUUUUACUCAGCGAUGGCAGCCUCUUUACCCCAGAAGCCAGGGAUGGCAGGGGUUCACCCUCAACAGCAGCCUCACCUACCGCCCGCCGCUGCCUCAGUCCCGGGUCAGCAGCCCAUGCCUCCUCAGGGAGCUCUGAGGGAGAUCUCCCCGGUGUUCCUCUGUCGGAUCGGGCAGGAGACCGUUCAGGACAUCGUCACUCGCACCAUGGAGAUCUUCCAGAUCACACGAGCUACACAGGUAGGUACCAGAUAUAAAACAUGACAUCACCCUAUUUCUAUGUUUGAUGCUGUUAUUGCUUGUGUGAUACCUUUUGAAAAACAUAAGCAAAGACCUUCAUGCAUUUGGUCCAGUGUCUUGACCUACAAAGACAUAUAGUUGACCAUGUAUUGAAGAAUUUGAGACCUUAAAUAUGUUAGAAAAAAAUUGGGAUUUUAUGGUACAAUGUAUCAACUGCACUGAUAUUAUAUUGAUUAGUACUCGUAAUUAAUCCAAUACAAAAUGUAUGAUUGUUUUAGUGAGUGCAUCAACUUGGCUCAAAAGGAUAUUCCGGUGUAAAAUUAAUUUAGGGUCAAACACACCAUAACACCGAGUUAGACACUCCGUCGAGAGAUGAAUGUUGCCGACCGCUUGCUUCUCUAGUUACACCAACUUUAGUAACGACCACAGGAUAGCAAUACAGAGAGCCACGUGCUCGACCAAAACGCCACUCUAUAGCCACAAAUAAUGCUCAGAACAGCACCUAACUUCAUCAACAGUACAUGUACGGUCCGAGCCAUAACACUAGCCACAAAACAUACUUUUAACUUUGCCUAAUUUCUUUAGCAAAGAGACUAAACACAACUCACCUACUCUCUUCCAGCAGUUGCUUCUUUGAAGCGAGACCUCGGGCGAGUCCAUCGACUACAGCAGGGGGAUGCAGCUCAAGGAAAAACAUUUAUGAUCAUUUCCUCAUGGAAAUGCAAUCAGACUGAGACGCUAAAGCAGAAGAACUGCAGUGCAAAGCGAUUAACAUGGUGAUUAUUACUUCAAGGAAAUGAUAAAGUAAUGAUCAUAAAUGUUCUUCCUUGAGCUGCGGCACCCCGCUGUAGUCCGUAAUGGACUGGCUUAAGGUCUCGCUACAAACAAGCAGCUUGGUCAUUUCUGUGUCCAGAAUUUUCAUGCAUGUUCGCAUAAACAGACAGAAUCCUCCCACUUUCACAGAACUGAAUGGCCUCGCUACUUAAGAGCUGACAUCCUCAGUUUUAUUAAACACAAGAGUAAUCCGCACCUGCUGCAUGGGGACAGCUCCCCAUCGCUGACCAACACAGGCUGUAGUUGAGAGGGAAGCUCUCUGAUUAAUACAAAUACUGAUUAUUUGAGAAAGUGGGCCAUGAAAAUCAGAGCACUGUUGUUCGAUUAUUGUUGUAAUAAUGCACUGUCAUCACUCGUUACGUUACUUUUCCUGCCAAAUAGUGUAGCCUCACAGACUUCAACCAUACCCAUUGUAGGCAUAAGUGUUACAGCCAUGUGUAAGACAAACAGGGCUGAUAGCUGACAGGUGCACAGGACUUAUUUUAAGUGUGUUCAGUUUAAUACUUCCCUCAAAGGUGAAAUUUUUUGUAAAACUUUAUUUAACUGAGUGAUCUUGCAGUUGCUACUUUGUAUGCCCCGGUGCGCUCCUUUCUGUCUCCGCUGUGUGUGACUGUAAUCUGAAUGGCUGCUGUUUGCUGGCUAACAGGGUUCCUCUGUCGUCUGUCAGUCUACAUUUAUCCUGUCCUCUUUUCAGGUUCACCUGCUUGGCUCGCUUGUCAGCAUCUGUCUUAUUCAUCCUUCCAUCUCCACCUGAUCCGUGUCUCCAAUCGUCUUUCUCUGUGUAUAGCUCGCCCCUUUCAGCUUGUCCUUGUUCAUUACACUGAGGUUUUCUAUUCCUCCACUCAAAACAAAGAGCACUGUGGUCUCAUAUCCAAUCACUAUAUAUUACUGAAGAAGAGGGGAAAGGUCUUCAGUGUACUUCUGCUCACUUACUUUCUUUUUUACAUCUGAACAUUUCACAGCCAUCCUAACUCAAUAUUUUAACAACAGUGUAAUUGAUGAGUUUAUUUUUGUCUCUGGUGUAGCUUCCCAACGGUGUGACUCAGAGCCAGGCGAUGUACCAGGACCGCUUCGGUAAACUCCAGGAACACCUUCGGCAGCUUGCCCUGCUGUUCAGGAAGCUCCGACUCCUCUAUGAGCGCUGCGUGGAGAUGACUUCCGACCUACAAGAGGGUCCAGCAGAGGUCAGAAACGAACCCUAGACUUAAAUAUUCCGAGGAGACAAGUUGAGAGUUCUGCUUCAUAACUACAAUGACUUUUACCCUUUUUUCUGGGUUAAGUUAAAUGCAUUUGCAGAAAUUUACGAGCAUUUUUAUAGGCUUUUUUAAUACUCUGUUUGCUUUCAGUACCAGAACUCACCACAUUCACAGACACAAGAGACAAAAAAACACUCAUUUAUAUGUAAUUUGUGUCUUCAGCUGCUGCCAUAUGUUGGGGAGGAGCUGGUUUCUGUCAAAGUGGAGCCCUGCAGUCCUGCUGUCAGCCAGGAGAGAAAAGAGGUUCUUGAGGUUUGUUCCUGCCUACCUGAAGUUAAACUUUAAAUGUAUUCAAGCUCACAGUGACAUGAUUAAAAGGAGAAUAUGAAUAAACUAAAAUAGACAAAUAAAUGAAUAAGCAAUUCUUUAAUCAUAGAGAGUGCAAUGGAAAUCUUGGAAAUCAAAUAGCACGUCAUUAAAACAGACAGAGCUCUGUAAGGGAAAUCACUUUAUGGGCAAAGUCUUUUCCAAAAGCCAUGAUUUGUGAAAACAGUUUGUUGUUUUUACCCCCAAAUACAGAUUAAACUGUAGCAUGCAAAGAGGAAACCAUGCAUAGAUAUGAUCCAUAAAUGCUGGCAACUUCUCAGGGGGCCAAGCCCAUUUCAGUUGGACUGAGGUGAAGCGGAAAUCUGUCCUGUGGUCAGGCAAAUCAAAAUUUAAUACUGUGAAAUAGAUGCCGGCAUCCUCUAAACCACCUGCUUUAUCAGUCCGCAUUUGAAAAGCCAGCAUCCAUGGUGGUAUAGGGAUGCUUAAGUGCCCAAGGCAUGUGUAACCUUCUUAUCAGGGAAGGCACCUUUAAUGCUGAGCAGAUAAUAGAGGUUUUGGAGCAUCACAUGCAGCCAUCCAGACAAUGCCUUUUGCAGUGCAGACCUGUGUAACACAGCAAAAAAAAUGCGAGACUACAUUUGCAUUCAUGGCUCAGUAGAUGAAGAGUCUAUUAAAAACAUUUGGUGCAUCAUGACACAAAAAUCAAAACAAAUGAGACCCUCGAAGAUUAGGAAGCUGAAAUCUGUUCCUAAGCAGACCUCACCACACAAAGAUGAAAUAGUCUAACACUGCUUCAUUAGUAUUUUUCCCAUCUGAAUGUAAAAGAGACAUCAUUUUACAGCACAGGGUGGCUUUUCUUUUCAUUUCUCACUUAUUAAUUAAAAAAAAAAUUCUCCUUCUCGGGUUUCAAGAGAAAAAUGAGAAGGGUUUCAUGUUUGCUUUUGAUGUUCUACCCUUUAAAAACCUCUAGGUGGCAGUGCCGACACUGUCCAACAGCUCUCCCUGCACUUCUGUGGGUGAAUGCAGACACAGAGUAUCAUGUUCAUCUUAAAAACACGAUAAAUCUGGGGUUUGUUUUCGUAAACAUUUCAGCCGAUACCUCUAAGUGUUCCAGGCAGAUGAACAUUCCAGAUCCAGGUUUAUAAAUUGCCUCCAGGCAGCUAGUGGCAAAACAUUGUCAAAUGUUGCCUGAGGCUGCUUGCUUGUUUCAUCAACAAAUUUAGUGUGAAGAGGAGCUAAAAGUAUCCAUCACUCUGAAACUCGUCGAGACAUUACAAUCGCGGUUCAGCUUCAGUUGUCGAUGAGUGUGUAUUGCGUGUAAACCGAGUACUUUCCUGUUUGCUCAUGAUUGUAAGAAUGAUCAGUAUAGCUUUACUAAGUUAAGCAGAUGACCUUCCUUUGGUUCACUUGCAGAAAGUGCGUCAGAAGAACCAGGAGAUGAAGGUUCUGAUGGAUCAGAUGAGGAACCUGCUGUGGGAUGUCAACGCCAUGCUGACACUCAGGAAAUAACAUCAUCACUGGAUCUACUUCUUUCUUUUUCAAGAGACUCAGUCCUCCACGGAUGUCUGGAUCAUGUGCAGGCGAAGAGCAGGUGACAUAAGGGAAUUUAUCUUGGAUUUGGGACUUUCUGCUUUGGGACACUUACUUCAUGGUGGCACUUCACUCCAAGGACUCACGGUUGAAUAAUAAAUCACGAAUGAACUUUUCUUUGCUCUCGAAAAAGGCAGCUGGUGCACAAAUUUAGUUUUUCCUUUUACGUGUCAUCGACCCUCAUUUUGUUGCCCUGGCUUCAUGCGAACGAGUUACGAAGCCCGUGUUUGUAUAGAUUGAAAGUUGAAACCUGAAUUGCCUCCAGUCAAAACAACAGCAACAAACAUUUUUAAAGCACCGUAUUCAUGGUGUUUUGGUCCCGGGUUCUGACUUCACACCAGACAGACUUUGCCAAAGCGCAGACGCUGGUCUCGCGGCUAUGUUUACUAAAAGGACAAUUUCUUUUAUUAUGCUGUGUCAGUUGAGAAAACACCAUGAGUUGAGAAUUCAUACCAGCCCCUUGGCAGCUUUGUAUCUCAGGUGCUUUGUACAUAGGUGUGUUUGUGUGUGUGCGUAAUGAGAUUAGCUUCCUGAGUGCUAAAAAACACACCUGUUUAGCCCAAGGCUGUUGAGACUUAACUGUGAAUUUAUUUUUGUAAACUGUGGCACGAAAGAUGGGGCUACUGCAUCACUUCUUUUUGUAUCAAAUAAACUUUUUUUUUUUUUAAGGCAAAA